UCUAAACAAGAAAUGAAGAAAAUAAAUAAUAUGCUUACUCAUGCUUAUGAGUAUCACGUGGCCAACUUGGAAGCAAAUGACUUACCUGAGUCAUUGUCUUGGAAACGUGGCCAAAGAUGGGAGGGGGAGUGUGUGAUACUUGUCACCACCUCAUAGAUCUUGUUUAACUAUAAAAGGAAGGUCAACCUCUUCCAUUUCCACACUUACGUGACCAAGAGAGAAGAGAGGAGAGCAAGAAGAGAAAAGAAAUAAAGAGAAGAAAGAAAAGAAGAAAAAAAUAGAAAAAGAAAAUAAAUAAUUUAAGGAGCUGUUUAGAGAGUUGCUUGGAGAAGCAAGACGUGUUACAAGAUUGCGGGAUUAACGGUACAAAAUCAAGACGAAGAUUUGGAGGGAAUAAAAAGAGUUUGGUCGACUUCCGGAAUCAGAAAGUUGAGCCACAUCGGUUAAUCACUGUGACCAGUAGAGAGGAUCGUAGCACUCGCGGAACUGUAGGAGCUGGUGUAGAUUGAUAAUCUUUUGCUAAAGACUCGUUUUCAAGAUAUAUGAAUGUAUGUUUUACUUUCGACUGCGUCCAUGGACCCUAUGUAUAAUAUUUUGGUUUUGUGAACUUCAUGUUUUAUAUAUAUGAAAUAAAGUAUGUUUUAUAUUCUUGACGUGUUGAAUCUGAUAUUAGGUUAGUCCAAUCUAACACAACUCUAUUACUCGGUACGGGUUGCAAAGCCUCACGCCGAAGAUUAGAGGAAACGAGUUUUGAAUGGAUAUUCUGGGUUACAGAAUUAUGUUUUGUGGCUUGGAAAGUCUAUUCUAAACCCGUUGUGACACUUCCGGACUUGGCAGAGGAAGGUCGUUCGAGCAUGUUCUUGUUUGAUUGUUGCCCGCCUGACUGACCGAUGUCUAAAACCAGUUCGGGGGUGUUACAGAGGUGGUAUCAGAGCAUGGUUUAGAUCAUGCGGUCAAGCACAUACUUUCCAUGUUUUAUCGAGUCAAAUGUGUCGCAAAAGAUGUAUUAGGAAACCAGCAGAGUUCCGCUCUAAUUAGUAUUCUAAAUAGGAAUUCCCUGUUUGUGGAUUGCAGAUGGCAUGGCGGGGAAGGAGUGAUGGGGGACAAGAUUAGAUGCUGGGUAUAGACAGAGUCUCAAGAAGAAGAGGAUUAGGAUAUGAAUCCGAGGGAAGGGUGCAAACACUGGCGCAUACCAACCAAGGAUCCAGUGAAGAAAACGCAAGAAGAAACAACAAUCUGUUUGGACAUAAUCAAGAGAUACCACCAGAAGAAAACUUUCAACCAAACCGUACUGUAAGGGGAAGACCAGAAAUAGAUGAUAGCGAGUCAAGUGUCCAAGGACCAAGACCAAUAAGGCGGAACAACCCGAUUGAACCAGAAGUUCAUGAUCAACCACAACAAGGAGUAGGAAUGGAGCACACUUUGAAGAUGCUUCAUGACGUGAUAGCGAGGUCCCUACAACAACCUCAAGUGCAACCACUACCAGUCAUGCCACCACAACCUACAGUGGCUACACCAAUGUUACCGUUGAUAACUGCCAUGAAGAAUAUGAAGACACCCCAUUUUGAAGGAGGGACAGAUCCAUUUGAAGCCGACCAAUGGCUUCGAACCGUUGAGAAAAACUUUGAGACGCUGACGUGUUCCGAGGAGUCUAAGAAAAAGAUGGCGGUGUAUUAUGAUAAUAGGGUUUUUGCCUAUUGCAAAUGUUGUAGUAUAGUGGGGUGAAUGUCGAACCAGUCCUAGUGAUGUGAAUCAGUGAGAA